ACCAUCGCCAGCACACACCUACACUCACUCUUUCAACCGACAAUUUGGUCGUCCACGCCUUUUUCUAUAUCACUAUACCCACUGAAUUCUUCAAUGCGCUUGCGUUCAUCUCCAAGCCGUCCCUGAUAUUGUUGUGAGGAGCUUUGGCCGCCGACCUAGUCAACGCCCUUCCUUUCUGUCAUUCCUUCAAUCUAUCUUAAUUCCUCCUUUGUUUAGCCGCUUUCCUUGCAAAAGCCACAUCACGGCCUUUGACAGCCGCGCCCGUCACACACACGUCGACGCCCUCCGACGAGACUUGGCUGAACACCAUUCGCCCACGAGCCCUCACUUCGCUUUCGGUUCUUCAUCAUCCCAGCGAGCCUCAGUCAGCCUUAUUUGGGCACAGGUGAAGAUUAAAACGCCAUUGGUCCAUGCUAGGCCAAUAGCUAUCCUUGCGCUGAUUGUGCAAAAGCGCCGUUGGUCUCGCUGCAUCCAAUUUCGAAGUUGGCUACGCGGCCAGACUGCGCUUGGGGCCUUCGUUGAGACCUUUUCGCCAUUCUUCCUACAUAACCUAUUUUGGAAACAUUCUACGCCAGUCAGAAAGAGGUGGUACCGUCAAGAACUACAUCCGUCGGAACAUCCAGGUUCCCUUCAUCUGGGGCACUCGGGUGACUGUCCGACAGAAAGGGCGGCCGGCUACUUGCAGUCGGCCCUGUGAAUGACAUCUCGGGGGACACAAAUAUGCCUCGAGCCUCGGGCUUGCCGUUCCUCAACCUGUCGCCGAAAAAUGAAGAGUUCAAUGGCUUAACGCCUGCAACAUUGAGCCCUCGCUCAACGGGAUCCCCUCAAACUCCUAGUUCUGUGCCCGGUUCGCCAUAUCUUCAAGAACCACCAACACCGUCGCUCAUGAAUCCUCUUUCAGCAUCCUCUCACGAUGGAGAUGGAAACUAUCGAACGAAUUCAAACUCCCCUCGCAUUACAGCCAUGCCAGAACUCCCUCCUUCGCCCGGUCAAGUACCUCAGUCACCGAAGCAUGGUCGCGAGAUGUCCAAGGGAUUCUUUUCCAACUUGAAAGCUUCAAAAUCUUCACACAAACUUCAAUCGUCGGAGGCAAGCAUCCCAGAAGCAACCGAAAAACCAACUGGAAGAAGUCGCACGAGUUCUAAGGACAGGUCACUACAUUCCGUGAAGAAACAAGGUUCGACCCCAGAUUUGCCCAAAUUGGCCCAGACUACUGCUCCAGCCACCGAACAUAGUACAACCCCGCCGGAAUCAUCUAGUCAACAGACAUCAACAGAUCCUACAACUCAAGGGCACAAGAAGGGAAAGUCGAAAUUUGGUGGCAUUCUGAACAGGACAAAAACCACGAAGCCCGAAGAAGUCAGAUCAAAAACGAGAGGCAUGGCCCCAAGUCAGAUGCAUGUUGAUACGGUAAACAGCAAUGGUGAUAGGUUUGAAGGUUCGCCCAAAACAGCUCCCCUCAAAACCGACCAUCGGGAUAGAGCUUUUGGACAACAAAGAGGCCCUGCUACGAGAACUCAUUCGGCAGAUCGGCAUGUUCGGGAUGAAGCGACCAUGGCGAGGAAAGAACGCCAGGUGGGAAAUCCGCCUCUCUCUUCGUCUUUGAGAGAGGGUUCUACCCUUCAGCUAUUGUCGAACAUUCACCAAACCAGCAAAGGUAUGGGUGAUCGCCUUGGUAAAGCCGGCAAAGGCUUCUUUGGUAAGAUCGCACGAAGCGGGAGCAGCAACGAGCGUGAAAUUAUCACGGAUGACAAUUAUGUCUGUACUACCAUCAAUUUACCACUGGUCAAGCAAACUCGCAAAACCAGGAUCGCGCGACGCCUUGAGCUUUCCAAGGACAAGACAGAGUUUUGGAUGCCGGCUUUGCCAUGGCGAUGUAUUGACUAUUUGAAUAUGAAUGGGUCAGAAGAGGAGGGUCUCUACCGUAUUCCAGGAAGCGGCAAGGAGGUCAAACAUUGGCAACGACGUUUCGAUACCGAACUGGAUAUCAAUCUAUUCGAUGAACCAGACCUGUACGACAUCAACACCAUCGGGUCCAUGUUCAAAUCAUGGUUACGAGAGCUCCCUGACGAGAUUCUACCUAAAACGGUCCAGAACAAGGUGGCUACUGAAUGCGCUGGCGCUACCUCAGCGCCCCAAGUCCUGAAAGACGAACUUUCCAAACUGCCUCCUUUCAACUACUACCUCCUCUUUGCCAUUACUUGCCAUCUUAGUCUGCUCCACAGCUAUGCCGAUAAGAACAAAAUGGACUAUCGAAAUCUGUGCAUCUGUUUCCAGCCAUGUCUCAAAAUCGAUGCAUUCUGUUUCCAGUUUCUGGUGAUGGACUGGAAAAAUUGUUGGCAGGGAUGCUGGACCGAGAAAGAGUACCUCGAGGAAGAAUAUCGCUAUGAGAGGGAAGGAUCGGCUGGCGAAAGCGAAGAUCUGGCGGUUGAUGAUAGGGCUCUUUCAUCGAGCGGUAGCAGCCAGCCGCAGACUGCUCCGGCUCCACCUCGAAGCGCGGACGCUGCUACCCAACGCAAGUCAAUGGCGCCAAAGGCCAAGCAAAGGAGUCUAUCUUCGGACGCAAGGUCGAGAGACAGAUCAAACAGUGGACAUGCAGCGACACAGAGCGUCCCUGCUGUCCCCAGAAUGGUGACUCCAGAACCUCCCAAAGUUUCACUAGACCAGAAACUACCCGAAUUGACGGGACUCUCACCGAUCAGGAUGUAGAGCGAUUCAAUUCGGUGUUUACCAGAUACCCCUUUUUUUACGAAGCAUCAUUGGUGCGAGCUGGAUGGAUCCCACAAUUGAAUUUAGUGUUGCAUCUUGCUGAGCGAUUGCUGCUUGGAGCUGACGAAGCUCCUGAAAGAUUUGGCUGUAUUAUCUAGCUGGCUGCGAAUCAGCAUUGACGUCUUUUACGCUUGCAUUGGCUGUUUCAUACUGGUCUUUUGACUAUGAUGCGUUUGGAGGACGAGAUUAACGACGAAGAGCUAGAAACAGAACAGAGGCCAUGGAACCUCAAAAAUGUAUGAAUAGGUGAAGGAUGUGAAGACCCACGAGCCUUGCGAGAUUUGAAUAGAAGAAGCCGAAGGCCGUGCAAGAUUGGAUACGCUAUUCUCGUUUCCAC